CCCCGUUUGUUUACUGGUUGGGCCGCGCAGCGUCGAAAGCCAUCUCGCACCCCUUUCUUGCCCUCCUCUGUGGGGAUUAUUUUCUUCCUCUCGAGUUCUGGAAACUUCGGCGCCUCCGAUCGCCGAGAUCACUCUCCGGUCGCGGGAAACUUUGUGCUUGCGGGGAAGAGAUUCGAUGGGGAGUUCGAUGGACUCGUCGGUAGCCGCGUAUUCGCUGAAGAACGCCUGGGAUUGGUGGGACGAGGUGAACAACUCGACCUUGUGGCAGGAUCGGAUCUUCCAAACCCUCGCCGGGCUCUUCGGAUUCGUUUCAGCCGUCGCUCUCAUACAAUUGCUAAGAAUUGAAUGUAGAGUUCCGGAGUUUGGUUGGACGACACAAAAGGUCUUUCAUUUCUUGAACUUCCUCGUCAAUGGGUUUCGGUCAGUGGUCUUUGUAUUUCGUCGGAGUGUGCAACGACUAAAGCCUGAGAUCAUCCAGCAUAUUCUUCUCGAUCUUCCCGGUCUUGCUUUCUUCACUACCUACGCACUCUUGGUAUUGUUUUGGGCAGAGAUAUAUUAUCAGGCACUAGCAGUAUCUACUGAAGGGCUUAGGCUGAGUUUCUACACAAUUAAUGCAGGAGUUUAUGUUAUUCAGAUUGCACUAUGGUUGCUCAUAUGGUGGAAGCCUAUCCAACCUUUGGUCAUCCUAUCCAAGAUAUUCUUUGCAGGUGUCUCAUUGUCUGCCGCCCUUGGCUUUCUUCUGUAUGGAGGGAGUUUUUGGUCUUGGAAGCUAGACAAGAAGGUUGAAGAGAAGGGCAGGAAGAAGAUGGAUGAGACUCUGGUUACUAGAUACUGGUGCCGCAUGUGCUUACGGAUGGUAAAUCCAGUCAUGGAGACUCUUUCUAAUGUUGCGACGCUUUCCUUUGGAGUCCAAAGGGCGACACAAAAAGUUGGAAGAGGUUGGCUAUGUCACAGCUAUAUGUUUCUCAUGUUUUUUGGUGAGAUGUGUCAUGAUGUGCUUCAAUGCCUUUGAUAAGGCUGCAGAUCUUGAUGUUCUGAACCAUCCAAUUUUGAACUUCUUGUACUACUUGCUUGUUGAAAUUCUUCCUUCAUCUCUAGUCCUAUUCAUCCUGAGGAAAUUGCCGCCAAAGCGCGGGAUCACACGGUAUCACUCCAUUCACUGAUUCGGGGUUACAUCACUAGUUUGCCGUGGUGAAACUUCGAGACAAGAACUUCAUGAGCUUUUGAAAGCUGGGGCUCCUUCAUACAGAAGUUUCCAGGAAACAGAGAAGCAAAAAUGCCAUUCUGCGGUACCUGCUGGUCAAAGGUUUCAUUUGCUUCUAGGGAGCAUGUGAAAAAUGUGAAUAAUGUUGGGCAAGGUCUGCGUGGUAUUCCUUUUAGUAACAACAAUGCGUUUUGUUAGUUUAACCUUGCAUGGUCCAUCAUACAGCAUCUCCAUAUGUUUGAUGCUAGCAGCCUUUAAAGUAUGCAGCUAAUGUGGAUCUAAUGUGAUCUCUCUGAGAUCAUGUAAGCAUUAUUUCCGUUUUAUACAUGACUUAAAAUUUUCUUAACCUUUGGUUCUUUUUAUAUUUUAUCGUUGUCAUUUGAGAUAUUAGUUUUACUGUGAAUAUUUGUCGGUUCA